GUGACCGCUCGUACUUCAUUUUUAAUAUAAACAUUCAAGUACAAAAUUGAACAAUAAAUAAAAAUGAGUGACAUCAUAGAUACUGAUGCUCUAAUUUCCAUAGUUCAACAAAAACCUGCGCUUUGGGACAAGACUUUAGAAAUUUUUAGUGAUCGGAACGCAAAGAAAAAUGCAUGGCGGGAAGUUUGUGAAGAGUUAAAUAACGACUACGAAAUAAUGAGUGAUUCUGAUAAAAACAUUUAUUUAAAAAGUAUUAUGAACAAAUGGGCCAAUCUUCGCGAUUGCUUCAAAAGGUCGAUGAAGAACACUAAUGGAAGCAAGAAAAGUGGUUCUGGUGCAUCGAGGGUACAGAAAUACGUUUUUCAUGAUGCUUUGUCGUUCCUCUCAAAAGUAUAUCAAUCUACGGCAACGGUAGAUAGUUUUAAUUCAGCCGAUGAUUUUCAAGAGGAUUCCGAAAUUAGAAAUUUAGAAUUUUCUUCACAAAAUAUGGAGAUGUCGCAAGGAAUGGAAGAAGAUUCAUCUAUGGAGUCACAAAAGAAAUCUAAGUUUGUGAACAAAAAACGCCGUGUGACAAAAGACGAAUUUGAAGCCAAACUACUAAAAGCGUUGGAAUCUGAUGAUAGAAAAUCAAAUCCACACAUGUCAUUUUUCCAGGGCGUGAUUCCUCAUUUGGAAAAAUUUUCUUCGGAAGAAGUUUUACAGUUUCAAAUGGGAGUUUUACAAUUGAUCUCCACUAUAAAUGAGAGAAAAAAUUACCAAGCUCCUAAUCCUUUUUCCUUGAUGCAACCCCCAACAUAUAACACUCCAUCACCUUUUCAAUCACAAACAUAUAUUGCUCCAAAUCGAUUUUCUUCGACAAAUUCCCCGUCUCCUCAAAGACAAACUUCCCCCCAUCCUUCUACAUCUUUUUCUUUCUUUGAUAAUAAUAAAUGCGCGACUAUCCACCAGCUUCCCCAAAUUCCCACACAAGCACCUCUUCCUGUUUCUCUACUGCGUCUGAUAAUGCAAAUGAUUUUACACAUUUGAAUUAGAGAGCAACAAUUAUUUAUAUAAUAUUGUAUAUUA